CGCGGCCCCGCGGAGGCGUGCCGGCGCCCGCGUAGUCGGAGGCUGAGGUGGCAGCGGCCCUGCCAACAUGGAGCUGCCGCAGAUGCCGGAGCUGAUGGGCCUGUCGCUGUUGCUCGGGCUGCUGGCCCUGAUGGCGACGGCGGCGGUAGCGCGGGGGUGGCUGCGCGCGGAGGAGGAGACGUCCAGCCGGUCAGCCGGCCAAAAAGCAAAUGGAUUGCCACUUGACAAGUCCUUGAGAUCCAAGAAGCAGAAACAGCAUCAACGAAUUCGCAAGGAGAAACCUCAACAGCACAACUUCACUCACCGCCUGCUGGCUGGGGCACUGAAGAGCCACAGUGGGAACAUAUCUUGCAUGGACUUUAGCAGCAAUGGCAAGUACCUGGCCACCUGUGCAGAUGAUCGCACUGUCCGCAUCUGGAGCACCAAGGACUUCCUGCAGCGGGAACAUCGCAGCAUGAGAGCCAAUGUGGAGCUGGACCAUGCCACCCUGGUGCGCUUCAGCCCUGACUGCAGAGCCUUCAUCGUCUGGCUGGCCAGUGGAGACACCCUUCGUGUCUUCAAGAUGACCAAGCGAGAGGAUGGGGGCUAUACCUUCACAGCCAACCCAGAGGACUUUCCUAAAAAGCACAAGGCACCCAUCAUCAACAUUGGCAUUGCAGACACAGGGAAGUUCAUUAUGACUGCUUCCAGUGACACGACUGUCCUCAUCUGGAAUCUGAAAGGUCAUGUGCUGUCUACCAUCAACACCAACCAGAUGAACAAUACCCAUGCUGCUAUAUCCCCCUGUAGCAGGUUUGUGGCCUCGUGUGGCUUCACCCCAGAUGUCAAAGUUUGGGAAGUCUGCUUUGGGAAAAAAAACGACUUCCAGGAGGUUGUGCGAGCCUUUGAACUGAAGGGGCACUCUGCAGCCGUCCACUUCUUCGCUUUCUCCAAUGACUCCCGCAGGAUGGCCUCGGUCUCCAAGGACGGUACGUGGAAACUGUGGGACACAGAUGUGGAAUACAAGAAGCAGCAGGAUCCCUACUUGCUGAGGACAGGCUGCUUUGAAGAGGCGAGCACCAUGCCGUGCCGCCUGGCACUCUCCCCUGACGCCCAGGUCUUGGCCUUGGCCAGUGGCAGCAGUAUUCAUCUCUACAACACCCGGCGGGGUGAGAAGGAAGAGUGCUUUGAGCAGGUCCAUGGGGAGUGUAUCGCUGACUUGUCCUUUGACAUCACUGGCCGGCUUCUGGCCUCCUGUGGGGACCGGGCAGUGCGGCUUUUCCACAACACCCCCGGCCACCGGGCAGUGGUAGAGGAAAUGCAGGGCCUCCUGAAGCGGGCCUCCAAUGAGAGCACCCGCCAGAGGCUGCAGCAGCAGCUGACCCAGGCCCAGGAGGCUCUGAGAAGCCUGGGCGCCCUGAAGAAAUGACUCUGGGAGGGUCUGGUAGGGAGGAUCUGGCAUGCUGCUGCCACCAUGGCUGCCACUUUUCUUCCCAGGUACUCCCCAGCUGGAAACCUUUUGAAAGGAGUAUUCUGAUUUUCUCAGUGGUGGCUCCUCUCUCAUUUUCCCCAUUGAAACUAUUCUUGCCUACUUUGAUCUCUGUCUGUCUUCUUGCUGGUUGUGACUCCUGGCCUUACUUGACCUCCCAGUCUAAUGACCAAGGUGCUUCUCUUUCUCCUGGGCCCAAGGGAUGGAAUCUGUCUUCCAGGGAAUUAGUAAAUUGGAGAGAGAGAAGACAUGGCCUUGACCUUUUGGUAACACACCCUGGUACCCAACGGAGUUGGGAGUUUGUAAUUGUGGAGGCAAAACCUAGGGGACACCUGCGUACUAACCAGCAGUCUUGGCAGUGACAGAACUGUGGUAUGGUGUCAGGGAAGGGCUAGUCUUGAUCCAGGCGAAGCUCCUAACUCCAUCGAAAAGGAAUUAAGGGAUUCCAUUCUGUGCCUCAGUUUUUUUAUUUGUAAGAUGGAGAAUUAUUUUUUUCUUGAGCUGCUUAUUGCAAAGGUUUUGUGAAGGAAUGCACACAUGAAGUCUCUAGAUUUGGAAGUAAAGUGGAAUAGAGUAGUAAUCUAUGUUGUCUGUCGGCCAAACUCACUUAUUAACUACCGGGUAAAAGUGGGACUCAGUGUAGUUUGAAACUAAUUAAAAGGAAAGAAAUACAUCCCUUGGGAAGGUGAAGUUUCUGGAACUUGAUCAUACAUGUUGUAUCUGGUUCUGCUUUAAGUUGGAUAGAGGAAUCAUAGGAUUCCAAGAUAGGAUUUCUCUCUUCCAGGUUAUAUCCUAUUUGGGGAGACCUCCUUUCAGUUUGUCAGAUAUUUCAGUGCCUGCUCUGUGCCCAGCACAGCACUAGGCACUGGAGAUAAAUAUGAACAAGACAUGAUCGCUGCCAUCAAUGAUGGCUAGUGGGAGGGAGGCACACGUGGCUCUUAAGUGCUUUUAGCUAUAGAUGGCUGCUGUAAAAGUCAAGGCAAGAGAGAGGAUCAAAUCAGGAUGUAGGCGAUGGAUUUGAAGUUGAAGGGAUAGAGUUGGUAAGAGAUUAGGCAUUUCGAAGUUCAGAUGAUUUGGAUUUGAGACUCCUUGGAUGUGGGAGAAGGGAAAUGAGGAUCUUGAAGACUUGAAUCUUGGCAAAAUGUAUUCAUCUGAAAUCACGUUCUUGCUGUCUCUCUCCCUAAAACCGGGGCCUCCCCUAGACAUCGCCAACUCACGAAGGUUUGAACAAGGCACAACCUUGGAGUUAUCCCUAAUGACUCCCUUUUUCAUUAAUCCCUCCAGCCUGCUCCCACUCCUACCAUCUACUCCAUCAGAAAAUUCUUUCAGUUAGACUUGAGAUUAUAUCCUGAGUCUGCUUCUCUCCAUCUUUUCUGUUACCAUCCUGGUCCUAGCCACUGUCACCUACUGCACUGUGAUAAGGUAGCUUCUUCACUGGUCCCCCUGCUUCCUCUCUUGCCUCAUUAAGUCACUCUCUCUGUAGAGUGAUUUUCGAAAAUGCAAACCAGAUCACAUUGUUCCCAAACAAAAACCUUCCAAAGGCUUCCCAUCGCACUUGGAAUAAAAUCCAAAAUUCUCAUCAUGGCCUACAAGGUCCUAUGUAAUCUGGCUUCUUCCCUCCUCUGUGAUCUUGUUACCACCCUCCCAGCCACCCCAAAUUUGCUGUUACGGAUUUGACCAAGCCAGGUUCUGUCCCACCUCAGGCAGAAGCUGUGCCCGUGCCCUUCCCUGUGCUUGGAAGCCUUUUUCUGUUCUCUUGGCCAACUUGUUGUGCUUGUCAUAAUUUAGUUCUCCGUUUCAGUUACCCUUCAGAGAGACCCUCCUUGACCACCCAGUCUGAAGUAGCCCUUUCCACCAAUCAUAUCACACCUGUCAUAUUAGCUUACUUUAUUUAUUUUGUAUUUACCUGAUGCUGUGUGAAAUUAUCUUGUUUGGAUAUUUGUUUGCUCCAGGGGUUUCCGGUGAAAUGCUUAUGGAUGUCAAGUGGAAAAUGCAAAUGCAUGCAUGGGGCCACAAUGGCCUGGGUGUCGGAUGUUGGGAAAUGGGGGAAACAGAAGUGAUCUCUAGAGGGCAGGUGUCUGGGGUGAGGGGUAGGGGUGGCCACUACUUCUUAUUCAGAAAUCCAGCAGAAGUUGCUUGUUUGAGAGAAGCUAGAAGUUGGCGAUUUAUUAUAAAAAGACAAAACUUAAACACUGUGUGGACCAAACAAAACACUUAACAUGGGCCAGAUGCAGCCCACCAAUCUCUCAAUGGUAGCUUCUGGAUUGUUCGUCAAGCUACAAAAAUGUGAGCUUCACAAGGGCAGAAUCUUUGUCUGUCUUAUUUGGUCCGUUUCCCAAGCGCAAUACCAGGGACAGAGUAAGCACUCAAUAAAUAUUGAAGUCAAAUCGGGGGCAGUUCGCAGACAUUUCAAUACCCUCUGUGUGCGUUGUCCCACUCAGUUUCCAUUGUGGUUUUAUGCUCCUGAUAACAGACUUCUGGUUAAUAACACUAUGCACAUGGGUCCCGGUGAAUAUUUGCUUUCAGGUUGUCAGAAGAAUGAGGAAAACCAUUCUUCGCCUGUUGGCUUGGCUUUGUCUUUACUCUUACUGUGUAUCCAGGAGGCAGGUGACCGUAGCAUGUUGAGUUACUGAAGUCAGAAGUCUUUGGCUCCAGGGGCGCCCGGAGUCAUUGGGCAUUUGCCUUCAGCUCAGGGCGUGAUCCCAGUGUUCUGGGAUUGAGCCCCGCAUCAGGCUCCUCCGCUGUGAGCCUGCUUCUUCCUCUCCCACUACCCCUGCUUGUGUUCCCUCUCUCACUGGCUGUCUCUCUCUCUGUCAAAUAAAUAAAUAAAAUCUUUAAAAAAAGAAAAAAAAAGAAGUCUUUGGCUCCAGGUUUGGCCAGGUCACUUACUGACUUGAGACCUUGAGCAGAUAGGUCACUGGGCCUCUCUCUGAGUUUGUUUCCUCAUCUGUAAAAUGGGAAUAAAUCCUGUUCUGAGGGCCUUGCAGGGCUGUGUCUAAUGAGAUGAGUGAAGCCCUACAAAAAAGUCACAGACUUCCUGAGGACACUGCUCCUCUCACUGAUGUCGAGACUGCUUCUCUUGUCAGCAUAGAGAAGGUAUCUAGAUAUUAACAUAGAGCAGAGGCCGCCGUGUGUUUUUGAUUAAAACUCUGUGUGUGAAGGCAGCAUUAAUAUUUUAGUAUUACUAUCUCAACUUCUGUGGGUUUGCAGUUUUUCAAAAUAAAAAGCUGGGGAUAUAUUUUAAAUGGUGGUAUAUAGCCUAUUUUUAUCAGUCAUCAAAAAUAGAACACAGUAUUUAAACCACAAAAGUGCACAUUUAAAGGCCUAUUGAUAGUCUAGGUCAAUUUCCAUCAAGGUGAGAAGGAUCCUCAUAUUCAAGAUUGUCCUGUAAUUGGAGAUGACAGGAGGUGAGUAGGAAGCACAUACUGUCGUGAUGAGUCAUCAGGGGUAGUAGUUUAUCUCAGUAUUAGACCGAACAUUGCCCCAAAUUGGCCACAGAUCUAGAAACUUAAUGAUUUGGGGGUUCAUGUACUUCUCGACACAAUUGCAGAGGAGUCUUCUUGGCGAGCAUGGCUUGGUUUCACACCCAGCUCUUGAGGCAGAGGCGCACGGUGGGCACGGGUUGGCAUUGCAGGAUUGGCUGCAGCAACCAAAGGCGUUCUUACCCGCAAUUCCAGUGUGUCUUCUAAGCUUGUCAGCGCAUUUCCAAGACUCCAUUUCUCCGAUUCCAGAGUUCGGGGCGGCUGGAAAAUGACCGUGGUUUCCACUUUCCAGUCCUCAUGCUCUCCGGGUGUGAGUCCAUCCGUGUUCUCUCGAUCACAAUAGUAGCAGCUAACUUGGGUACUAAGCAUGUAAUCCCCUCCAACCCACAGUUGUUUUUGCCUCAGCCAUUCUCCCAGCAACCUCAUCUUAAUUUUUAUUUGGUGAACGACACUUCCCUGACUGUUAAUCCAUAUGGGUUAGAGGAGAGAGACUGAGACGACCUCCAUGGUGGGCGCAUAACCAAUCGUCAGGUCCCUGCACUUUGCCAGAUCUUUAGAAAAGUGAUAUCUUUAAUUUUCUGCCAGGAUUGCUUAGUAAGUCGGAUGUAGGCUUAUUAUAGCAGGUAGUCCUGCCCAAGAAAGAAGCUAAUGCCGGAAAGCCCAGACCACGUGCUGAGGAUGCUGGUGAGGCUGGCGGACCCAGACACAUCUGAGGUGUCUGCCAUUGGACUUGUCAGUCACAAGAACCAAUAAAUUGAUUGAUGAUUAAGUCUGUUUGAAUUGGGAUAUUCUUACUUGCAAUGGAAAGGCCUUAACAUCAGUAUUAUUAGAUAGUGCAAGUAAAUUGCCUGAGGCACAUGAUAAAUGGCACACUCCAAUAUUUCAGUUGAGGCCCAUCUGGUACAUAUCUUUAGCCAUCAGGCACAUCCCCAACAUUUGUAAAAGCCAGAGGCAAGAAUACAAAUGGAGAUCCACAUGCCAUGUCUUAAUAUUUCAAAGUUAAAAAAUCAAGCUGAGCCCAGAUUCGUUCCAUCCUCCUUACCAUGACAUAACAUUCUGGAAGGCCAAGUUUGAAUUUAGAAUUCUCAGAGUCCGGUCUGUGCCACAGUGUGGUGUCACAGAUGGCCAUCCCGUGGUCUAGGCCUCUUCCCUUCUCUACCCAUCUGGUUCUUUCCCAUGUUGCAAGGGCAACCCCAACACACACCUCCCAAGUAUCCUCAUAUUGCUGCAAACCACCAUCCCUUGGCCACCCGGCACUUGGGCCUUAGGGUGUGCACCAUCUUUGUGAAAAUGGCCCCUGGGGAGAGGCUCCUCCUGUAGGCCUCGGAAGCGGGCUUGGGUCAUUUUGGACAGGGAUUCCAAGAUUUAAGAUGGGUACCUGAACUUGUCUGGUGGGUGAGAUGGGGACACAAGUCUGGGUGUCCCCAUUUCCCUGGUCCUGCAAAUCUUGUGCCUCGUGGAGAGGGACAUAGCCGGAGGAGGCCAGGACAAGUCCCCCAGAAGGAGUCCUCUUGGCCCACAUCCAACACAUUACCUUGUUAACCACACCUGGUUUUUGCCUGCAGUUUCAAGUUCACUAACCUAAGCCAAGCUCUCCUUAACCCAUCAGAAAUGAAAUACAGUGAGUAUUGUGAGUUCGAAGGGUUCAGCCAAGUAUGUCUCAGAGUUCUUCUAGAAGUUCGGGAUAUGUGGAAACAGCCCUGCAUAUUAACCUGUAUCUGUAGCCUGAUUACUGCCUCUCCAGAACUUUUAAGUUCUUACAAGUAUCCCACAGAGCAGCUGCAGCCAGGACACCUGUAUGCAAGCCAUUCACACCUUCAUCAUUCCUCCAUCAUGCCCCAGGAUCAAGCUGACAGUCAUGGGGGGCUGAGCUUUUCCUCUUGUGGAUGCUGUCUUUGCAACGUGGGCACACAGCUUCUCAAACUGCUCACUGGCUGGUAGCGUAGGCUAGCUAAUCAAGUAGGAUUUUCUGUUUGUUUUGGUAAAAAUCUCAGUUAAAUAUCAAAUAUCCUGUUUUACCCUCUAAUCCCUUCCUUUAAUGUUUUUGGCUUCUCUGGUGGCACCUUUCUGCCACAGCUGAAACAGGCCAGAGAAUAAUGGGUACCAUUCCCAGAGUACAGCUCCUAGUCCAGACACUGUUCUCAGUGCUGUGCCGGUAACAACUCACUCCACCCUCCCGGCAGCUCUGACUUACGUACUCCUAGAAUUUCCGUAUCACCAGUGGUGAAUUGCCAGAGUCGCCGAGGAGGUGCGUGGCUGAGCUGUGAUUCAAAUCCACAGAGUCCGUGUCCAGAGCUCAUGUUCUUGGUUCUCAAGCUGUGGCAGGUGUCAGAAUCACCCGGGACCUGGGUACGAAUACAGAGUCCCAGGUCCUAUCCUGCUUAGGCAGGCCUGAGCCUCUGUGUUCUUUACCAGCUCUCAGGUAAUUCCGCUACCCAAGCGUGGGGAGGCACUGCGCUGUGCUCUCCUGCCUUGAUUCGGGUUAUGCUCCAUACCGUGCUGCCUUGCCUGAGCGCGUGGUCUGCUCUACAGGUGAGCGUUUUCUUGCUUGUGCUCAGCAGAGGAAAAGCUGCAGUGAACCAGCCAAGGGCCCUCUAGGGCUAUCCCAUUCCCGGCUUGGCCCAGGAAAUCCUCCGGCUCAUGUCCCUGGCCACAUGGGCCAUGACCUCAACUCCCUCAGGAGUUGUCUUUGGAGACUGCUCUCCUCCCAUUACCUCAGACUAACUUAAUGGCCCCUCAUUGUUUUCACAAGCCUUAACUUUCCUCUGUCUAUGCCCUACAUUGUGUUCGGAUUGUCUGGAGGGCAGGAGGACAUGUCUGAUCGAUUUCAGCAUUCUCACAGCCUAACAGAGGGCCAGUCAGCUGGAUUAAAGAACUUCCACCUCCCUGGAACCUUCCCCAGUUGCCUCCGGGGCCUCAGGAUCCCUGAGCACCCACUUGGGUGCUUGUUCUGGAUACCUCCCUUCAGAAGGGGCCUUUUCCAUACUUGACCCAGGGGUACAGAAGCCUUGAACCAGCCUCGGGUUGGGGGCACAUCCUUCAAACUCCCAGAGCCUGAGGCUGCUGUAAGAGGAGGUCAGGAAUAGAGCUUGGCUUGUAGGUUUUUAAGCCACACAAUACACGGAGAGAUUCAGAUGGAGUUCUCAUCCUCAUGGCUUACUGUUACAUCCCAGGGACUCCUUUCCUCCUCUUCACCUCAGCCCCACGCUCCUUCUGACCACUUUCCCAGGGGCCCUGGGGUCUUCCCACUGCCUGUGCCCAGCCACUCAGCAUCCAGAAAACCAGCUCCUUCGUCUGCUGAUCUUUCUGUGAUACUUGAAGCCCAGGACUGUGUCUUGUGUAUGGAUGUGUUUUCCUAAUUUUAGCUACUCUGGUAAAUGCAUGUUUCAGAGGCUAAUAUCUGGCAGUAAGGUGCAUAGUUUUAGUCCUGUGUUGUCUGUUUCCUACAACGAAUGUGUGCUUUUACAAAACCAGUAAGACCAUCGCAUGAUACGUUGCAAGUAUUCACAAUGACCUCUCAUUACAUCCAUUUCCUCAUUCAUUUCACAGCAGCUCUCGUGAGGUAGCAGUGAUUCCCAUGUUGCAGAUGGACAAACGGGUUUCUUGAGGUUAAGUGACAAGAAUUCAGCCCUGAGACAGAAUCCAGAGUUCGAGCUUGUUCUUGGUGUCACUCCCCCCAACCCCCCCCACCCCUGUGCCUCUGACCUUGCCAUCCCGAGGCAAGCCCCUUGAGGGCAGGGACUCUGUAGUCUUCCGGAGUCUAUCUUGCACCUUCCACUCAGCGCAGCCGUGCAAGAGCACGUAGUUGGCACUUCACAUCUGUUGGCCAACAUGAUAACGAACACAUACGCUUAGUGCUCAACAGUUAAUGAGCCCACCAUGGCCUCCACUUACCCCCUCCACCGUGCAACUGUGCUGCCGGUAGAAAUUAUUCCCUUACUUUCUGGGAUGACAACGUCUUGUGAGUUCACACCAGAGUGUGAUUCUCCCAGGGGCUAAUUGCUCCUGAGUGAGGAGAUCAUUAGAGCUCCAGCACUAGAAGGCCAAACCCUGGAGUUUGGAGGCUGUAGCCACCCUGGGCACCUCCCAGGAUUUCAGUUCACCUCCUUCACGUCCAGACAACUUGAACUCAAGGCACUGGCUACCAAGGAGACUUCAUGGCCAUGCAGGAAGGGUGGGGUGGUGGUAGCUGCAAUCCACCAGACCCCCAAUACCCGCUUGCUCCGCUGGUCUCUCUAAGACUUUCUGGGAAUCCUGGAACCCACCACCACUGUCUCCUCCUGUAUUGAUUCUGAAUCAGCUGAUGGGAGCAAGGGUGGGGGACCCGUUCCUCAUCAGCGACAAAACACCAGAGGCCAGGGUGAUGUGUGAUGUGGCAAGAUUCAGCAACCCACCCCCUGGUGCCUGCUGGACUGCACCAUCACUUUUUCCUCUGUCCACUUAAAGGUCUCCCUUCUCAUUUGCUAUCGUGUCUUUCAGAUCCAGCUACUUGAUCAUAUCUUAAAUGAAUGCUAAGUUCUCAGCCUUGGCAUUUACAGGAUGUAAAAUGAUGGUCAGGCUGGGACAUAGACAUGUACACAAACCAUCCCCAUAGUGACAGUCCAGCAGGUUUCAGUGGUUUGCAGAGCCCCGAGGGGGGAGAAACAGCAACCAGCACAACAAACCCAAAGUGAAAGAAAUGCUGAUGAUGUUAUUGUGAUGAUGACUGGUUUCUGAUCCCUGAGUGUGUAUGUCACCUUAAUGAGGUGGCCUCUGCCCUACAUAUGGCUACAGCCCAGGGCAAAAGCAAAUUUCUCGAUGUGCCACACCCUGAAUUUGUCCACUGUGGGAGAGAUUACUGUUGCUUACAACAUCAUGCUUCUCCUCUUUCUCCUACAAGUUGAGACGAUUUCCAGCCUCUUUUGCAACUAGGUGACACGAGACCUGGAAUGUGUGCAGAAGUGAUCUGCUGAGUCUGGGACUACCUCUAGAAACCCUCCUGGGGUUCUCUGUGUGCUCUCUUCUCUUCCCUGCUAGCUGGGAGCAGAGGAUUCACUGGAGACCGCUGAGGCUGUAGAUGGAGGGAACCUGGGCCCCUGAACAACUCUGUGGGGUGGGUCCUCCCUGACCCUAGCAUUGUAUUGUGACCAUGAACAAGAAAUAAAUUCAUAUUGUGUUAAAAGGCAUAGAAUGAGUGGGGUUAUUUGUUACAGCAGCUAGCCUGUCCUGCUUACUUAGGAUAGAAUGAAAAGGGUCUUACUUUUAUGGAGGAAGGAAAGAAGUUGGGAGGGGCUGUUGACAAGAGCUUAGGGUAGUGACGGGUUUUCAUUGGUUGAGUACAUUCGCUGGGCUGGGCAAGGAGACUUCCUGCUGGCCUAUGCGAACUAAGCUUCCUGCUAUUUGGAGCUGAAUGGCAGUGCAUUGAGAGCUGUCCCUUUAGGGCUUCCCGACACCAUUUUUAAUGACAUUGCCUUUAUUUAUUUUCACAUUGCUUUAUUAUAAAGACAACAGCCAGCAUCUCUCUUCAGUUAUUCCUCUGUUGUGAUUUAUAAUAAGGCAUAAUAUACUUUGGUCUUCUAUCGUGGCUCUGACACCCAGCUCCCAUAACCCUUGUCAUUUUCUAAGUGUUUAGAACAAAAGGGGCAACUUUUGUUAUGAUAUUUGGGGUUCAUUAGUGGCUCCAGAAAUAGCUCCAUUAUUCCUGACGCCAA